UUGAAACCCCAAAUUGGCAUUCCCUGCUAAAUCGCUAUUGCCAUCUCUCUCUUCUCUGUAAUCCGUCUCCGCAACCCUUUCAACAUUCGUAGAUGGAGCCCAUCCAUUUCGUUCACAAACCCUAACUUGCGUUCUGUAGCUCUGUCUCAUCCUGGUCACGAAUCUGUAGCAAUUACUCGGCCGCCGGCAGCUUCGGUUGCUCACGGUUUCGCUCUCUAGUUGAGUUUGAAUAGCAGCCGGAGCCAGAGUGAAGUUCCAAGUCGAUCUUAACAUUAGACCCGUGGUCGGAGCUCGAAGCAAUCACACUGACGAUACAUGUGAUGUAUGUAAAAGAUCUAAAUGGAUGAUUCUAUGAUACAAUACCGGGAAAGUUUAAUUGAGGUUGAAACAGAAGCCGAAAAUCUCCUUUUAGCUAGACACCAGCUGGUUGAGAAUGAUAGAGUGAGGAAUGGGAACAGAGAAGCUCUGACAGCCCUAAGGAAGAGGGCACGGACAACAAAAACAAGUGUUCCAUCCCCUUUUGAGUCUAUAAUGAAGGAGAUUGAGGGGCCUGAGUCGAGGCCUCUAGUGAAGGAGUUGUGUGCAACUUGUGGCAACCAUGAUUCGAAGGAGAACACUUGGAUGAUGUUCCCUGGAACUGAUGGCUUUGCUAGUAUUCCAUUUCAUGCUGCUCAUACCAUUUUGGAGAAAGAUCAAGAACGGCUUGAUUUUGAUUCAAAGAAGCUGCAAAGCUAUGUAAAAGAAAAGUCCUUCUUGAUUUCAGAAAGCGGUGUUCUUGGUGAUAAGAUCAGUCCUGGUGUUCUCAGAUCUCUAGUGACCUUAACAGACAAACCAACACACAGGUAAUCCAUUUAACAACUUUUAGUGAUGAAAGUAACCAAGGGAGCAUUGAAGACGGCGGACUGAAAUUUAUUAGUAUUUUGUUUUCUGUAAAGUUUGAUAAAUUUACUAUCAACUUUGAUCCAAGAGUAUAUUAUUAUCUAUUAUUUUCAGAUUUUAGGAGUUAUAUUAUUAUUAUUUUUCUCUCUA